GAGCUGCAGCCACAGUUCUAUCUGGUCAUGGUGCUCUCUCUGGCCUCCUGUGUUUCGGUUCGCUCCUCCUCCUCCUCCUCCUCCUCCCUCCUCCUCCUCUCCCGCCUCCUGCCGUCGCUCCUUCUCCUGGCCGCCCUCCUCGCGUGCCCGGGCCCGGCGGGCGGCUGCCCCGCCCGCUGUGAGUGCUCGGUGCCCACGCGCUCGGUCUCGUGCCACCGCCGGCGCAUGCUCACCGUGCCCGAGGGCGUGCCCAUCGAGACGCGGCUGCUGGACCUGAGCAAGAACCGCCUGCGGAGCCUGGCGCCGCAGAACUUCUCCCAGCUGCAGCAGCUGGAGGACCUGGACCUGAGCGCCAACCUGCUGGCCUCGGUGGAGCCCGGAAGCUUCCGCGCCCAGCCGCGCCUGCGCACGCUGAUCCUGCGCGGCAACCAGCUGACCCUGCUGCCGCGCGGCGCGCUGGCCGGCCUGGGCGAGCUGCGCGCGCUGGACCUGAGCCAGAACAAGCUGGUCAUCCUGCUGGACGGCGCCUUCGAGGAGCAGCGGCGGCUGGAGACGCUGGAGCUGAGCGACAACGAGCUGGUGUUCGUGGCGCCGCGGGCCUUCGCCGGCCUGCUCUCGCUGCGGCAGCUGGCGCUGGAGCGCUGCAACCUGUCGGAGGUGCCCGGCCAGGCGCUGGCGCAGCUGCGCGCCCUGGAGACGCUGCGGCUGAGCCAGCUGGCCAACGUGGCCGAGGUGCCGCCGCACGCCUUCCGGAACAUGCCGCGCCUGCGCCACCUGACGCUGGAGCGCCUGCCGCUGCUGGAGGCGCUGCCCAGCCCGGCGUUCCUCGGGCUCAACCUCACCACGCUGGCCGUCACGCAGACCAACCUGUCGGCGGUGCCCGCGCUGGGCCACCUGCGCCACCUGGCGCUCCUCAACCUCUCCCACAGCCGGGUGCGGGUGCUGCGGGCGGGGGGGCUCCGCGGGCUCGCCAGGCUGGAGGAGCUGCACCUGCGCUCGGCCGCGCUCGAGCGCGUGGAGCCCGACGCCUUCCUGGGCGCGCCGUCGCUCCGGCUGCUGGACGUCUCGUCCAACCGGCUGGCCACGCUGGAGCGCUCGGCGUUCCCCGAGGGCCACGACCUGAGCCUGCGGGCGCUGCGCAUCGGCCGCAACCCGCUGGUGUGCGACUGCCGCCUGCGCUGGCUCCUGCAGAGGGCGCCGCCGCUCCUGCACGCCCCGGCGACGACAGACAAGCGGAACCCGGCGACGACGACGCCCGACGACGCCCCGCCCGAGUGCGCCGCCCCCGCCUCCCUGGCGGCCAAGACCCUGCGCGAGGUCUGGUCCGACGCCCAGCUGGCGCGGCUGGUGGUCUGCACCAAGCCGCGGGUCAUCGCCGUGGCGACGCAGCCCGUCCAGGUGGAGGAGGGCCAGCGGGCGUGGCUCAACUGCAGCGCCGACGGCGCGCCGCCGCCCACCGUCUCCUGGGUGACGCCCAGCCGCCGCCACCUGACCACCAAGAGCACGGGCCGCGUGGUGGUCCACGCCGACGGCUCGCUGGAGGUGCGCGUGGCCGAGCGCCAGGACAGCGGCGUCUACGUCUGCGUGGCGUCCAACCCGGCGGGCAACGCCAGCCUGUCGGCCUCGCUGGCCGUCAAGAGCCUGCCGGCGCGCGACCGCGCCCUGCUCGCCAACCGCAGCCUGCACUACGACUACCAGGACGCCGACUACCACGGCAACGGCGGCGGCGCCGCCCACAACGCCUCGCUGCACGGCAACGGCACGGACCGCUACGCCCGGGUGCGCGUGGCCCUGGACUUCACCACCAUCCUGGUCUCCACGGCGAUGGGCUGCCUCAGCUUCCUGGGCGUGGUCCUCUUCUGCUUCCUGCUGCUGUUCGCCUGGAGCCGCGGCAAGGGCAAGCACCGGGGCAGCGUGGACAUCCAGUACGUGCCGCGCAAGCGCAAGGCCGGCGGCAACGAGCUGCCCGAGACCAGCGGGCCACGACGGGUCAACAUGAAGAUGAUCUGAGCAGCUCCGCGGCCCCCCUCUUUCGAAGAAAAAAAAAGGACGGCGGGGGCCCUGGCCCGAGCGUGUUGUUUUUUUCGACGAGUACAACUAUGGCAGUGAAUUGCGAAAGAGAAGAAUGCAUGCCUGAGUCUUGCCACGGGGUCAGAGCAGACGA